UGAUGUGUACGUUUUAUUUCACUAUAUCGAUGGUUCAAUGAACGUUGCUGAUCUCAACAAUGUGUUAAGAUAUAAAGACCGUAUAAAGUCUUCGUGUGAAAAUGUGACCCCUUCAGGUACCCCUGACAUAGAUGUAUUACAUAGUGGACAGUCACCCGGUACACAUUCCACCGAGAGUGUAAACAAUAUAUAUACAGAUAGCACCCGUACAGGUCACGCGUCAAUAGACAGAGACACUAUCGAAGAUUUGUUUCGUCUGAUCGUCGGUCUCCGGAACGAUAUGAUGGACAGGUUAGAUUACAUGGCAUACAAACACACGGAAGAAAUAAAAGAGUUAAACAAGGAAAUUAGCACCCUAAGAACAGAAGUAACGAACAGGAAUGAUAUCAUUAUGAGGCAACAAAAUGGAAAGGUAAAAGAACAUGAAACGAAAAAGCUGAGGAAAGAAACAAGUAUGCUGAAAUCGGACAUAACGGACACCACUAAGACACAGACGAAAAAUGUAACUGACAACAAUGACUCAAUUACUAAGCAACUAAAUGUACAGGUAGCAAAGAACAUUGAGCUUGGAAAAAAACAAUCGAAUGGAAAAAUAAAGGUAAACAACAUUGAACAUGAUGGUAUAACAACAGAGAACAAUAAUGUUAUAAUCAUAGACAGUUUCUCUGAUGUUAUAAAUAACAGUACACUCUCAAAAUCAGACAUCGGCACAACGGACAGCUAUUCUGACCGGGUGAAAAAAGGUGGUAUCGCGUCCCGUCGUAAUAGACCAGACCCCCAGACGAGACCGCGGGAAAACAGGAAGACUAACACGCGCAAGGAACCAGACGAACAAUCGAAAUAUGUGUUUCAGGGUGUUCAACGCAAGAAACGCACAAAACGUAUACUAAUGUCAAGAAUUAAGGCUAACGGUUCAUACAAAGAGGUCGUAGAAUCCGUUAUUGGAUAUGCGGCCGACAAUGGCAUUACUGUCACAUAUGUACGCAUUUUGAAAUGCUGGGACAAUUACAAAGAGCCUACAUAUACGGCGAGAAUUAAUGUUAUAGAGAACGACUAUGAUGUAGCCAUACAAAAUGAAUUCUGGCCGCCAGGUGUGCUAGUCCGCGAGUGGUUUGACCGAUUCGACCAGGACGGACAACGCUCGUCUGUAACAGCAAACCAACAAAACGAUCGCGAAUGGACGGGUAUACAGGAUGACAACUACUGGAAUGCAGGAUUCGCAAGUGAAAGCGGCAACAACUACGAUAGGUAUCAAGAUGACUGGCUCAAUGAUUAAGUGUGUAUCAUACCUUAUUGCUGUGUUUGUUCUUAUCAUUCUAGCUGCCAUGAGAUUACAGAGCUGGAAUAUACGCGGUGUUAUGUUUGGAACACCUUAUUUAUGUGAAACACUUUGUAAUUCUGAUAUCUGUUUUUUAGCAGAACACUGGUUAAUGCCGGAGCAAUUGGGCUUCCUUGAUAGUAUCGACAACGAUUUCAAAUAUAUCGGAAGAUGUGACGACAGGAUAGCAAUAGAACCUGAAAAUAGGAAAGGUCGUGGUUUUGGAGGAGUUGCUAUGCUAUGGCGUAAACAUCUUAAGUUUUCAGAACAAAGCAUUGAAGACCAGUGCAGCUUUUUACUUGGCGAUCAAUCACAUGUAUACUUGACUGAUAUAGAGUGGGAAACACUAAUGAUAAAUAUGGCUGGAAAUAUCAAAGGAAUGGUAUGUGAGAUGGAGAGUUUUCUAUAAUUAACCUAUUGAUGUAUAUAUAAGUGUAAACGUAUAUAUGAAAAAGAUGUAUGAGGAAUAUAUAUUGUAGUGAACAUUUUGUAUCAUGAAUUAUAUAAUGCUGUUAUAUGAAUGUCCAAUAUGUCAUUAUUUAAUACAUUUACUUCUCAAAACGAUGUUUAUAUAUAAAUUAAG